AUGAAGGUAAACAUUCCCUUUUUCAUACUAUCAUAGAUGUCUGAUUGAAUAAGAACAGAUUAAAGGUUCCUCUUGGAGAUUUUUUAUAUAUAUUUUGUUUAUCUCUGGUAGCGCUAUGGAUUAGUGGGUCCCCGUUUUGUUUAUCUUGUGCAUCUCACCUAUGCAAGUGACGCAAUACACGAUUCUACCGUUUGCGUCCCACUAUUCCGCUGAUAAAAAGGUGCCGGCAACACGCCAAGAUAUGCUGCAAUGUGCCAGCAAAGGCAGAGAAGAAGAAGACUGUUAGCUAGUAAACAUGUCUUUGCAAAGGAAAUACAUUCAACACACUCAAUGGGCCUCAUGCAGCAACAUUCUCUUAAAUGUCUCUUAUAUUUUCUGUUGAGAGAAAAAAUAAGACACGUGAAUUCCAGAUGGACCAAAACCAUCCUAAUCUGCUUUUACCCAGGUGAUCUGAAUGAUGAAUAUCACUAGGUGUGUGGCUAAUUGUUUAUUAUUCGCAAAGGUAAUGCCCACUAAACACUAUAUAAAGGCAGGUGUUGAGCCGUGUACAAAUACUCUGGCACAUGAAUAAGAAUUGGAGAGAUGCCACCAAAACAGAGGCUUUAAGAAGAAGAACUUCUACAGCAGUGAAAUUGAAGUACUGUUAAAUAAACUUGUAAAUAAGUAAUAUGUGAUUUUCCAGAGCGUCAGUACUGGUGUUACAGGAAAAUCAAAAAGCAUCUAAGACACAAUCCAACAUCCAAAAAUGAGAGGACAUUUGUUAGUAUAUGGCUUCCUGCAUAUCAGCGAGUAACCAUGAAUAUAUAGGCUACAUAACUUUUGUUUGUUUACAGGGAAACUCCACAUGGUGACAUUAGGACUUCUUUUUCCAUUUGUACGACACUUUCCCGACUACCUAAAUGCCAAGCAUCUCACCCAGAACAUUUUGUUUAUUUCAGGGCCGUUCUGCUCUCCUCAGAAGGUGCCACCUCGCCUUGUCCAAGGCCGACACCCUCUCACCAGCUGCUCUCUCUGUGGACACAGACGAUGGCGGGGCCGCUCAGCCUGAGAGCGACGCAGCGCUCGCCCUGUCUGAGUUCUCCCAUCUGUUUGAGAACGGGGAUGACUCCCCGUCAACUAACACGAGUCGGGAUUCAGCCCUGGAGCUGGUUCAGCCCGGCCAGCCUGCAGACAGCCGGCAGAACCUGCGGAUGAAGUUCCAGGGUGCUUUCAAAAAGGGUAUUUCCACCCCGAUGGACCUAUUGGAAUCCACCAUAUAUGAGUCAAAUGUGGUGCAAGGCCCCAAGAAAGCACCCAUGGACUCGCUCUUUGACUAUGGUACCUGCAGGAACACCAGCAACCAGAAGCGACGCAGGAAGAAGCUCCCAAGAGGUAAAACUGAGACAUCCUGUGAAGAUGUUCAAAGCUCAGACCCACCAAAAGUAAUGAAAAUAUUCAACCGCUCACUCCUCUUCGACUGCGUGUCACGUGCAGACGUCGGGGCCCUCGAGGGCCUGUUGGAGUACCUGCAAAGUCACGAAAAGAGGUUAACUGAUGAGGAGUUCAAAGAGCUGUCCACUGGUAAGACGUGUCUGCCUAAAGCCCUGUUGAACCUUUACGGUGGGCAGAACAUCACCAUCCCGCUGCUGGUGGACGUAGCAGAGAAGACCGGAAACCUCCGAGAGUUCAUAAAUACGCCCUUCAGGGACGUCUACUACAGAGGCCAGACAGCGCUCCACAUUGCUAUAGAGAGACGCUCUAAGCAGUAUGUGGAGCUGCUGGUGGAGCAGGGAGCUGAUGUUCACGCCCAGGCGAGGGGACGAUUCUUCCAGCCCAGAAACGAGGGGGGCUACUUCUACUUUGGUGAGCUGCCUCUCUCACUGGCUGCAUGCACCAACCAGCCUGACAUUGUGCACUACCUGACUGAGAAUCCACACAAGAAGGCCGACCUGCGACGCCAGGAUUCACGUGGAAACACGGUGCUGCACGCCCUGGUGCACAUUGCGGACAACACCAAGGACAACACACGUUUCCUCACAAAGAUGUACGACCUGCUGCUUAUCAAGAGUGCCAAGCUGUACCCAGACUGCAGCCUGGAGACAGUGUUUAACAACGAUGGCAUGUCACCUCUCAUGAUGGCUGCCAAGCUGGGCAAGAUCGGGGUAUUUCAGCACAUUAUCCGCCGUGAGAUCAAAGAUGAGGAAGUUCGUCAUCUGUCACGUAAGUUUAAGGACUGGGCAUAUGGGCCAGUGUACUCCUCCCUCUAUGAUCUGUCUUCCCUGGAUACAUGUGGAGAGGAACCGUCUGUGCUGGAGAUUCUGGUGUACAACAGCCGCAAUGAGAACCGCCAUGAGAUGCUGGCAGUGGAGCCCAUCAAUGAGCUGUUGAGGGCCAAAUGGCAGAAGUUUGCUGCUGUCACCUUUUACAUCAGCGUGGUUUCCUACCUCACCACCAUGAUCAUCUUCACCAUAGUGGCUUAUUACCACCCAACACAGGGAACGCCUCCGUACCCUUACAUAACAUCCUCUGACUACCUGCGCAUGGCGGGCGAGAUUGUCACCUUGAUAUCAGGAAUAUUCUUCUUCAUCACCAACAUUAAGGACCUCUUUUUGAAGAAGUGCCCCGGGGUGAAGUCUUUAUUUAUUGAUGGAUCCUUUCAACUGCUGUACUUCAUUUACUCUGUGCUGAUUGUGGUCACAGCUGCUCUCUACCUGUCUGGCAUCAAGGCCUAUGUGGCUGUGAUGGUGUUUGCACUUGUCCUGGGCUGGAUGAACACUCUUUACUUCACCAGAGGCCUAAAGCUCACUGGCACCUACAGCAUCAUGAUACAGAAGAUUCUUUUCAAAGACCUUUUCAGAUUUCUGCUGGUGUACGUGCUCUUCAUGAUUGGAUAUGCAUCAGCCCUUGUAUCCCUGCUGAUAGUGUGUCCACCACCGGGCACAGAGUGUGAAGGGGGCUGCCCCACCUACCCAAACUGCAGGGACCCAGACACCUUCAGUGUUUUCCUACUAGACCUCUUUAAGCUGACCAUUGGGAUGGGAGAGCUGGACAUGAUCCACGGUGCACAGUAUCCUGCAGUCUUCCUCAUCCUUUUGAUUACAUACAUCAUCCUCACGUUUGUGUUGCUUCUGAACAUGUUGAUCGCCUUGAUGGGAGAGACAGUGGGACAGGUGUCGAAGCAGAGCAAGAAGAUCUGGAAGCUUCAGUGGGCAACGACCAUCUUGGACAUCGAACGCUCUUUCCCAGUCUGCCUUCGAAAGUCUUUUCGAGCCGGGGAGAUGGUGACUGUGGGGAAAAGCUGGGAUGGCACCCCUGACCGACGCUGGUGCUUCAGGGUGGAUGAGGUGAACUGGUGCCACUGGAAUCAGAACCUGGCGAUAAUCAACGAGGAUCCAGGCAAGAAUGAGACCUGCCAAGCCACCGGGUUGCAGCAGAGCGUCAGAGCCUUGCGGAGAGACCGCUGGUCCACAGUGAUUCCACGGGCGGUGGAGUUAAGUAAGGGUCCGCGGCCUCGUGAUCUGGUGAUAGAGAUGGAGCCGCUGUCGCCCAGGCACUGACUAGUGCUGUCUUUCUUAUAAAGAGGCAGCAGAGAGCCAUCAGCAUCAGUGAGAUCACUCUGCAGGGGACGAUUUGGCCAAUAAGUGUACUCAUUUGUGCAGAUUUUAUGUGCCUUUUGAUAAAAGAAAGUAUAGUAAAUAUUACAGUGUAAUAGGACAAAGGGCUGAGCACACUUUAAUGUCUUAAAGAAUCACUGAUCUGUAAAACAUCAAAUACAGUUAGAAACACCAAAGUUGAGAUUAAACAAAGUAGCAUUAAGGACACAUUGAGCUGUAAUUAGUUUUGUACUUAUGUAUAAUAGAAAACUUAUUAUAAAAAUGUACUGUACCUCUGUAUUUCAGACAUCAGUUGCUGAUCACUCAGGGAUUCAAGAGAGACGGAAAUAUUUCAGCAUUUUCAGUAAUAAAAAACUGUUGUUAUGUUACAGAAGAUAGAAUCAUGGGUUUUCCAACAGCUAGCAGAAGCAUAAUUACUGUAUUAUUGCAUUAGCAGUGUAAAACAAAGGAUUUGAUAGAAACGCCAUCUACAAAUAUAGUCACAACGGGAGAUAUUUAUUUAAGAAAUCAUUGCAAAACAGUAUUUGCUUGCUUUAUAUUGGAGAGGUCCCUAUAUGAUGUAUCGUAAAGAUUACAUUGUAUAUGUUCAAUUUUGAUUGUUCAGGCUUUAGUGCAUAGAAACAGUAUAUAUGUAUUAUAUAAAGUGUAUUUUCUCUCCAAUUUCUUUUUCGUAUUAGUUACAAAGUCUUGGGCUUGUGCUGCCAGCUCAGGCAGCGCAGCUUUAAUUUGAACUGAAACAAUGCACAAUGCCAAUUUCUAAUGUGUGCAUUAUUAUAUGAACACAAAGACAUUGUUCUGAACAAGAUGGGCAUGAUGAGCAGGUUAUAGUUGUCAAGCUCAUAUGCAAAUGCGAGACAAUAGCCUUCCGUGUUAUGGGUUGUCUUUGAAUUUCCAGAGUUAUUGUUCCUUUGCAGCUGGGGUAUUUGCAUAAUCAACUCUCAGGCCUUGCUAUUAUGUGCAUUCCCCUAUUUGUUGCAGUGUUUUCAUUGCAAUUGGCUCCUUACCCUAUAGAGCGUCUCGUUUAUGCGCAACUACUGUAUGUAUACACAUAUUUGCCUUAUUGUACUACAUGACAGGGUUUGAUUAAGAGCAGAUAGACCAUACAAUUUACUUUCACUAAUCCAUUACUGCCGAGGGUCACAGGUCAUUGUUCACUAUGUUGACAUUGCUUUUAUAAAUAAACAUGUCUAUGCAUUUUUAUAUUGUUUGUAUAUUGCGGCACAGAACAAUAAACACUGAAUUUAUUUUAUGAACCACA